AUGUCUCAGGUUUUGGGGAUGGAUUGUAGCAUUUCAUAUUCAAGUGCUCCCAACCUCGGUGUUGACAGCUUGACCGUUAUGAAUUUUCUAAAAUUUUGUGGAAAGACUGCUCAGCUUUGUCUUUUUCCUCUGCCUAGGAAUAAGGGAGUCCGAGUGCUCGUGAGCCUUUGCGUGGAGAGGCGGCCCCACAGGUCGGCGAACAGGCAUAUGGAGUGUCACGUAAUAGACGUGGAAGAGUUUGAAGACCCUUCAGUGGAGCAAAUGAAGGAAUUCAUUUCUAUCUGCGAGAAGGCUCGAGUUGAAAAUAAGGUUGUGUGUGUUCACUGCAGAAUGGGUCGCGGACGAACAGGUGUUAUGCUGGCUUGUUACCUCGUUAAGUUCUACCAGCAGGAGCCUAGCCAAGCCAUAUGCAACGUGCGGUUGAUGCGCCCUGGCAGCGUAGAGACGUGGGAGCAAGAACGCGCAGUUAAAAACUAUCGCGAUUACAUGGGUUGAAGACAAGUUCAAUGACACUAGCAGAUGCUGCGAGAGGCACCGGCACGUUAUCAGCCUCUUUUUGCUAGUGAAUGUAAGCUGGGAUUGUAAUGCAACCUAAACCAUCGUUAGAGGUGUAUUUGUGCAUGUUUGUGAGUUUUUGUAUGCGUGUGUGUGUUUAUCUCUAUGUUUAUUAAUUAAUUUAUUGUUUGUUUGUU